AUGGAUAUCAUGGAUAAUUCUGCAAGCAAACAAAAAGUUGUUAAACCACCUAUAGAAGGAUAUGAAAUAAGUAAAACAUUGUACAAUAAAAACGACAUGAAUAGAGCAUCUAAUUAUAUUAAAUAUAGGAAUAAAACAUUUAAACAGCAAAACGACAUAAUUAAAAUGUUUUACUAUCAAAGUGUUAGAAAUAAAUCGAAAGUGUACAUUCCAAAACAAAAGAUGUUUACACAAGGUGUAAAUCAUAUGAAAUAUCGUGUUCAAAUAGAUUCAAAUUUAGUUAAGCUAAUUAAUUGGACUAACCCAAAGUAUCCAAAGGACGUGAAAUAUGUUAUAGAAAAUAAAUAUUUGUGCGCAUCAGUAAGGAAAUUGGCGGUUUUAGUUGUGGUGAAUUCGGCAACAGAUCAUUUUGACCGCAGACAAGCUAUCAGACUAACAUGGACUAAUGACAAAUAUUAUUCACAUCUUGGUACCGUAAGAGUUGUAUUCCUUCUAGGUAAAAGCGCCAACCUUGCUGUACAAAUGGGCAUAGAAAAGGAAGCUGAAAUUUCUAGAGAUAUACUGCAGGGAAAUUUCAUGGACACUUAUUGUAAUCUAACACAUAAAGGUAUCAUGGGGUUAAAAUGGAUCACAGAACGUUGCCGAAAUGCUCAAGUUAUAUUAAAAGUUGACGAUGAUUUUAUGGUGAAUAUGUUCAUUUAUCUCCGUAAAUUAAAAACGCUUCACGAUAGGCAAGUUUAUUGUGAUUAUCACCCUGAUAAGAUACCCCGAGAAGAAAACAAUAAGUGGGUUGUCAGUGAAGAUCAUUUCAAGGGACAAACGCAUUACAAACCAUUCUGCAAAGGAAAAUUUGUUAGUAUGACGAAUAGUAUUAUUCCAUAUUUAUAUGAAUCGGCGACUAAAACUCCAUUUUUCCCAUAUGAUGAUGUGCUAUUAUUUGGCUAUGUGAUACAUAAUGUUAAAACGAUAAGAGUUAAAUCUCUAAAAAGGACAGACAUGACCACAACAAAUUAUAUCGCAAGGAAGUGUUUAGAUGUACGUAAAUACAAGUGUACGAGAUUUGUUAUUGGUGCAGAUAAUGAAAGAGAAAUGCGAAUUACUUGGUACAAAAUUUUAAAAAAUUUUGGAAAUGUAAAGUUUAGUCAAAAUUCAUCUGAUGUUUAUAAAUGGCCAUCAUUCAUAAAAAAAUAA